AUGGCGAGUCCAAGUUCUCAAUCGGACAUAGUGAUUCUGAAGACUCCAGCAACUGUAAAAUUAACAUCCCCAAAAUCUGGUUCCCAGCUUUUGAAGACCCCUUUAAGCUUUAUAUAUGUUGAGGCUAAAGGGAAAAAUGAUUUCUUGAUUGAUGAUGUGUUAGCUAUGGGGAGUGGUGGGAUUCAGGUUGGAUUUGAUAUCGGUGGAGGGUCCGGGACUUUUGCUGCUAGGAUGACUGAGAGGAAUGUGACUAUGGUUACUGCCACUUUGAAUGUUGAUGCUCCUUUUAAUGAAUUCAUUGCUGCAAGAGGGCUUUUCCCUUUGUAUUUGAGCUUAGAUCAUAGGAGAGUAUAUGCAUUAAAUCUUGUGAGUCCAAUCCCGGAUGAGCUCCGGAAUUUAACCUUCCUCACCGAUGUAAAUUUGGCCAAAAAUUAUUUGACAGGUCCCCUACCUCCAUCCAUAGGCGACCUCAUUCGUAUGCAAUAUCUGAGCUUUGGCUUCAAUGCUUUAUCUGGGGAACUUCCAAAGGAACUUGGCAAGCUGACGGACCUAAGAAAUCUGUAA